AUAAAUUUCCUUCUCCUUUUCUCUUCUCUUCCAUUCUUUCUACUCACUUCCUUCUAUACCACUCACAACCAACUUCACUUCACUUCUCUUCCAUUCUUUCAGCAACCAACUGAACGGUUAACAAUGGAUCUUACUGAUGUUCAACCUUCUUCCCUAACCCAGAAAAAACUGAGGGAUUUAGUUACUAUCAACACCGUGCUCUCCGGUGUGUGUUUCGUCGGAAUAAUCUUGGCUGUUUUGGAGGAUCAACGCAGCUUAAAGAAAGAAACAAAGUGCAACCCUACAAAAACAGAUAUGGAGAACCUGGUUAUGUAUGGAAUAUUCUCAUUUGUUUUUCCUUUGUUUUCUACACUUCUAGCUCUUACUCUUAAGACGAACACACUCAAUACACCUGUCUCAAUGCGCUGGUAUAGAUUUACCGCCAUGAUUUGCUUAUCUGCAUUUGUGGUUGGAGUUGUAUUUGUGAUGCUUACUUUUAUGGAGAUCGCCGUGAUCGAAUUGGGAAACUUCUCCUGUGGAAACGCCUCCAAAAUGGUUUCCGGAGUUGUGUUCGCUUUUGGUAGUUUAGGAGCUAUUAUAUUUGGUUAUCGUUUUGUUUGUUAUUUUUCUGUUGCAAAUUUGGUUUAAGAAUAUUUGUAAUUCUGGUUAAUGUAUGCAUGGAGAUAUGAUUUCUAUCCCUGUUGCACUGUCAUGUAAUCACUUUGAAGGACCAAUUUAACAAGCAGCUUUGUUGUUCUAGAGAGGAAGACGAUUGGUGUU